AUGACGGAAGACACAUUCAACAUACUAGUGGCCACAGAUAUCCACCUGGGGUAUGCAGAGAAGGACCCCAUCCGAGGAGACGACAGUUUUAUAACAUUUGAAGAAAUCCUACAACAAGCUGUCUCCAACUCAGUGGACUUGAUCUUACUGGGCGGAGAUUUAUUUCACGACAACAGACCCUCCUGCAACACUCUCCACAGAACAGCCAAUCUCAUUCGAAAAUACUGCUUUGGCUGUGGAGACUGCCGAUUCCAAAUCCUGAGUGACCAGGCCACCAACUUUGGCCGUUCGGACUUCAAAUGGGCCAACCACGGAGAUCCCCACCUCAACAUCGCCUUCCCUAUAUUCUCCAUCCACGGUGUGCUCACUCACUGA